GCGUUCGGAUGUUCCCAUCGAACUGGUGGGAAACAGACAUGAAGCCUGUUUAGGUUCCCCGAAAACCUCAAGGAGAGGUAAAAAUAGGUCGAACGAUGCAGACGAAAAAGACCAAAAGUUGAAUUGGAUGGUGAGGUGAUGUUCGACAACGGCAAAUCUGUUACAAAGGAAUUAGCAACACUAGAUCACAGCUACCAUAUUCCAGACUGUGGGGAUAAUGUUGAAGUACAGACAGUAAAAGUAAAAGUGAAAUCAGUAACGUCUAGUGUGUCUGUGGGUGGUCAAGAGAGGACAUGGUCAAGGAUAGGAUCUUUAGACGACCGAUUGGAGUAUAGUGGUCAGAUUUGGAUGUUGGAAGGUGUUUCAAGACUCAAAUGUUCUGUGGAAUGUACUAUAGACGCUUCUUGCGAGUCUCUUUUCUACAACAGUCAGCUCAGUAAAUGUGUUGCUUUAUCUAAACAACCAGAAGACUUCAACUUUCUUGUCAGCGAACCGGGCUACAGCUUCUACCACAAUCGUCCUGCUAACUGUCCAAGUACCUACUCCUAUCGGGACUCCGUUCAACUCUGCUUUAAAAUCAACUACAUCGCACGGACACGUGCAAAUGCACAGGCGGCAUGUAACAGCGACGGUGGACAUCUUAUCCGGGUUGACACGGAGGCGAAGCAGAAUUACAUCAGAAGCGUACUUCAAGCUGCAGGUUCGUCGCAUAUGUAUAUUGAUGCUUCAGAUGAGUUAACUGAAGGCGUGUUUCUGUGGGGAGACGGGCGUCCGGUCAAUUACUCAGACUGGUUUUCCUCCGAACCAAACAAUGAGGAUGGCGUUGAGAAUUGCGUCAUGCUUGCUAACGUCAACUAUGAAUGGUAUGAUGUCCCGUGCCAUUCGUCCAAGGCGUACAUUUGCGAAAUAUCAGUUUAAAGACAAAGGGGGCUUAUAAGACCGAUGAAUGUCUACCAAACGUUACACAAAUAAAUGUAAAAAUUCAAAUUUAUAUAUAAGAAAAACAAAACGAAAACAAUGCACACUGAGACACUUGAAAAAGAACAUGGAUUAGGUGAUGUGUUUCGGGCGGAAGACAAGUCAGUUGCAUCAAUGUUUUCUACUUGUGAUCUAAUCACGAAAUGGAGAACCCAGGAAUGGACAAACAGUAAUGUUCUAAUGAGAAUUGAACACGUCAAACUCUAAUUUAAUCACUUGAAGGUUUUCUGCCUCAUCGGCGACACCCAACAGUCAAACUUGAUCAAUCCAAGUAAGUAAUGACGUGUUCCCAAAUGAAGACAAUGAAUUAAAUACAAUAGAACCACCAGGGAAAUGGAAUAUGUACGGGUGGGUUCAUUAUGACAGCAAUAAACAUUCCGUAACUCUUCAAUAACAUGCCCUCCCGAAACCCCUUGUUGCUAUAUAAAAUGCUUAUCGUACAGCUUGGUGGAAAUCUGUCCCUGUUGGUUUUGUUGUAGGAACGUCAGUUAUUUUUAUUACAUUAAGCGCCGAAACUGUACUUUUGACAAAUUUAAGAAGGUCCUUAGUGUAAUAAAGUCCGAAAUGAAGGGGACA